AUGUCCCAAGACUCAAACCACGUCCCAAUGGAAUCUGACGAUGAACUCGAUCAACUCAUAUCCGAUGGUGUUCAAACUAGUGCCAAGCCUGCCACGGAGUUCACCUUCGUCAAUGAAUUCACAUCUGAGGAUGUUAGCGCAGUGCAACCGGCAUCUAAGAAAGGUCGUAAGCGCAAGAUCGAAGCAGCGUCAAAGCCAGAAACUUCAUCCAAGACAGUCACGAAGAAAGCCAAGACUCGUCAAGGAGUACGCAACAAACUGGCGGUUUUCGAAAACAAUGAUGACGACGAAGAACCGCAAGCAUUGUCUGUACGAGCAUAUUUGCACCUCGAAACCACAUCACAGCAGCCAAGUCGUGGCAAGAAACCAGCAGCCAUUAUUACAAAAAGCUCGCAGUGUAACCCAUUCAUAUUCACAAUCGACACUUCAUUCAACAUGUUUAUUCGAGCUGUCGCCGAUGCUGCAAAGACUACGACAAUGAAUCUUACAGUCUCUCGUCUACGAUGGAAGUUUGAAACACCUGCCAGUCUGCCGAUGAAGCUGCUCACCGACGAGGUUGGAUUCCGAGCGAUGCUUGAUGCAGUACAGGAACGUACGAAAGGUCAUACUAUAUUUCUGUUCCUUCCGAAGCCUAUCGAUCUUGAAGCACCACCAGAGGUCACGGUGUCCAGCCACCGAAACAAUACCAUGUACGAAGAUGAUGAAGAUUCCGGCAUACCAGCAGAUCGGACUGCCUUUUCUCACAAAGCUCAAAUAAACCAUUUGCGUCAAGAGAAUUCGAAGGAGGUUACGGAGCUGGAGCACCGCUACCCCAUUGGCGACCACCCUCUUUUCCCAAACAAACGCAUAUACACCAAGGGUGGCUUAUUUUGGGACCUAACACCUCUUCGCCUAGAUGUCUGGGCCGCUGCAAUUCGUCAAUCAACACAUGCCAACCCUCGCGCUACGUACGACGCGCCCCCGAUGUCGAACCACUUCACAAAAGACAAAGCCAUCAAACCAACUCGUCCGCCACCCGACGCUCCGAUGACAACUUUUGCGGCCUAUGGAGCCUACCACAAGGGCGAGGACUACAUGCCUACUACUGACUCUCGGGACCGCUUCCAUAGCACUCUCGAUGACUACCGUCAUGAUCAACAUUCCUCUGCUAUAUCAGACCACAACACGAGUGGGCAUUUCACCCAUGCCAGGCCUGGCAGUAUGCCCGAUCCUUCAUUGUUUCCCCGGCUGCCUGGACUGCAUCCUCCCGCACCAUAUUACCAUCCGACGUACUUUCCUUACCAGUACCCAUACUUUCCUCCUCCCAAUGUCAUACAACCACAGCAACCCUUGGCACCUCAGGCACCUGCACCUGCUAGUGUGACGGAGCCCGAGUCAUACCCUUCACCUGGUGUUACGAUGAAGCACUCUGUCACACUAGAGGCAUUUUGUGCACGAUACCUCAUAUCUUCUGCUGAUUCGGAGAAACUUUCUCAGCUCGAGUAUCGCCCUGGAAACCGUAUCGUUGAAUCCCUGACAACUGGUGAUUGGCAGUUGGCUGGAUUCACCGUCCUCAGCUGGCGCACCUUCUUGUCUCACCACCGCAAAUUCUGCGACGCAAUCAUCGCAGGUACAUGGGUCUAA